UAUUAAUCUCUAAUCUAAAUCCGCCACCACACGCUCUUCUUUCUCCUCUCCGCCUCGUUUCGAACUUCUGAGCGACUCACCGAGUCACGCCCACUGCUGCGUCUCAAAUUUGCAUUUGGGGAAUCGGAGCCUGUCGGAGAUUCCAUUCUCUGACGCUCCUCUUCAGUUCCAUUUCUCUACCUAAUCAAUGGCCACCUCCGUCGUCCAGGGUUUUACUAAGUCUCUUGCGAUGACAGUGCUCUCCGAGAUCGGCGAUAAGACGUUCUUCGCCGCUGCGAUUAUGGCAAUGCGGCAUCCAAGGAGAAUCGUCUUGGCUGGCUGUCUGUCAGCUUUGAUUGUGAUGACCAUUCUUUCUGCUCUGGUUGGCUGGGCUGCACCAAAUUUGAUCUCACGUAAAUGGACUCAUCAUAUCACCACUCUGUUGUUCCUUGGUUUUGGGCUGUGGUCGUUAUGGGAUGCAUUUAAUGAUGGCGGAGAGUCUGAAGAACUGGCUGAAGUUGAAGCUAAAUUGGAUGCUGAUUUGAAGGCUAAUAAAAAAGGUUCCAAAGAUGGCAAUAAGGUUGAUGAUGACAUGAAGAAGCACAAUCGGUCAAUUCUCUUGCAGUUCCUGUCACCAAUAUUUUUAAAGGCAUUUUCCAUUACCUUCUUUGGCGAGUGGGGUGACAAGAGUCAGCUAGCAACCAUUGGCUUAGCUGCAGAUGAAGACCCACUAGGUGUUGUUCUCGGUGGAAUUUUGGGACAGGCGUUGUGUACAACUGCUGCAGUCAUUGGAGGAAGGAGCUUGGCGUCACAAAUAUCUGAGAAAAUAGUUGCUCUCUCAGGUGGGGUUCUAUUCAUUGUUUUUGGAAUCCAGUCCUUCCUCUCAACCGUCCAGCCGUAAUUCUUACAAUCUCAUUAUGGUGGGAGGGGGAGGAGCUUGACUGAAUUAUUGCAGCACGUUGUUCCUGUGUAUUGGCCAUUGAUGGAGUAACUGGAGAAUCAUUAGCCAUUAACAUGUAUGAGUAAGUUUGAUGGAUAUGAGUUGCAACAGUUUGAUUUUACUUUUUAAAUAGUUGAGAUAUUGGUAGAUUUCCAAUUGAAAUUGGAAUGGAAUGGGUGGGUCCCAGUAAAUUUGAACUUUUUUAGACGGUAUUAGUUAUAUUCCUUUGCAGAAAGCACAUUUACAUACUAAUUAGAAUCAUUCAGGAUAAAUAAAUUGCGUUGUUUUCUUCAUU